UGGACGCCCGGUGAGCACGCGCGCUUCCUCGAGGCCGUGGAGCUGUAUCCACACGGGCCCUGGAAGCUCGUGGCCGCCUACAUCGGCACGCGCAGCACGCGGCAGGCCAUGACGCACGCCCAAAAGUACCGUCAGAAGCUCGAGCGGCGG